AUUUUUAGCUAACCAUUUUGCUUCAUUUGGCUGGUUCUGAGUGGUUGAGAAUGAGAACCAUAAGUUGGAAAACUGAACUCCUUCUUAGCUUUGGUCCUUCUCCACAUGGGGUUCUAGAAAUUCUUUAAAAAAGAUGGAAUCUUGGAUUGGUAUGAGGUAGUAAUAGUCCCCAAGUGGGUAUCACCUUUUGUUCUUUUGUGGUGUUUUCUUAACUAUGGUAGAUUCUAUUUGAUAUAAAGAUUAUGUAAAUUCCUUCCUCUUAUUUCAAUUUUGGUUGUUUCAUUUCAAGAAUCUUGAUUCUUCUAGGCUUUUCUGCAUAUAUUAUUUGAUUAGGGUACUAAGUACUAACAUUGGAGAAUUGAGGAAUUCCAUCUUUCAAUAUUGAUGUUUUCUUGUUACUGAAGCAAAGAAAGGAUUAGAAAUGUCUUCUAAAUCUACAACAAGCAAGACUAAUUGCUCUAGGAGCAGUUCAGCUAGGUCUAGGCAUGGUGCUCGUGUUGUUGCUCAAACCCCAAUUGAUGCAAAACUCCACAUGGAGUUUGAAGAGUCUGAACAACAAUUUGAUUACUCUAAUUCAGUUAACUUGUCAAAUUCCACUAGCAAUGUUCCAUCUUCAACUGUAUCUGCUUAUCUUCAGAAAAUGCAAAGGGGAAGUCUAAUUCAGCCAUUUGGCUGUAUGAUUACUAUUGAUGAGCAGAACUUUACUGUCAUUGCUUAUAGCGAAAACGCACCAGAAAUGUUGGACUUGAUACCUCAUGCUGUUCCGAGCAUCGAAAUGCUAGAGGCUUUGACCUUUGGAACUGAUGUCAGGACACUUUUUCGAUCUUCAGGUGCUUCCGCGCUUGAAAAAGCAGCUAGCUUUGGAGAACUUAGUUUGCUUAAUCCUAUUUUGGUUCAUUGUAGAAACUCGGGUAAGCCUUUCUAUGCGAUUUUACACCGCAUUGAUGUUGGGUUAGUAAUAGAUUUGGAGGCUGUGAAUCCAGAUGAUGUCCCUGUAACUGCAGCUGGAGCAUUAAAAUCUUAUAAGCUAGCUGCUAAAGCUAUUGCAAAAUUACAAUCUCUGCCAAGUGGGGAUAUAUCAUUGCUAUGUGAUGUAUUAGUUAGAGAAGUGAGUCAUUUGACGGGCUAUGAUCGUGUUAUGGUUUAUAAAUUCCACGAGGAUGAACAUGGGGAAGUUAUUGCAGAAUGUCGUAAGCGUGAACUAGAACCUUAUCUUGGCUUGCAUUACCCUGCUACCGAUAUACCACAAGCUUCGAGAUUUCUCUUCAUGAAGAAUAAGGUUCGGAUGAUAUGCGAUUGCUUAGCUCCACCAAUUAGGGUGAUUCAGGACCCGAGACUGGCUCAGCCACUGAGCCUUGGUGGAUCCGCAUUAAGAGCUCCCCACGGCUGUCAUGCACAAUACAUGGCCAAUAUGGGUUCUAUUGCAUCUAUGGUCAUGUCGGUGUUGAUUAGUGAGGAAGAUGACGAGUUGGAUAGUGACCAGCAAAUGGGAAGAAAAUUGUGGGGUUUGGUCGUUUGCCAUCACACUUGCCCUAGAUUUCUUCCUUUUCCGUUGAGGUACGCAUGUGAGUUCUUGGUUCAAGUUUUCAGUGUUCAGAUCAAUAAGGAAGUGGAAGUGGCAGCUCAACUUAGGGAAAAGCAUAUACUGCGAACUCAGACUGUUCUUUGUGACAUGCUUCUAAGAGAUGCCCCCUUGGGAAUCGUUAACCAGUCUCCUAAUGUUAUGGACCUUGUAAGGUGUGACGGGGCUGCACUUUACUAUAGGAACAAACUUUGGUUGCUUGGUGUUACGCCAACGGAGUCCCAAAUUAGAGAUAUAGCUGAAUGGCUUAAUGAAUCUCACGGUAGUAGUACAGGUUUAAGCACUGAUAGCCUCAUGGAAGCUGGCUACCCAUGUGCUGCUGUGCUCGGCGAUGCGGUGUGUGGAAUGGCUGUUGUAAAAAUAACUUCAAAAGAUUUUCUCUUCUGGUUCCGCUCCCACACAGCUAAAGAGAUCAAGUGGGGUGGUGAAAAACAUGAUCCCGGAGACAAGGAUGACGGAAGAAAGAUGCACCCAAGGUCAUCAUUUAAAGCCUUUUUGGAGGUUGUUAAGCGGCGGAGCGUACCUUGGGAGGAUGUGGAAAUGGAUGCAAUCCAUUCCUUGCAGCUGAUAUUGCGAGGAUCUUUGCAAGAUGAGGUUGCUGAUUGUUCUAAAAUGAUUGUGAAUGUCCCUGCUGCAGAUACCAGUAUAGAGAGAGUGGAUGAACUUCGUAUUGUCACAAACGAAAUGGUUCGUCUUAUUGAGACAGCAUCAAUACCCAUUUUGGCAGUUGAUGCUUCAGGCCGUAUUAAUGGAUGGAACUCGAAAAUUUCUGAGUUAACUGGAUUGCUUAUAGAGAAAGCAAUAGGCGUACCAUUGGUCAAUUUGGUUAUUGAAGAUGGAGCAAGCACAAUUGAAGGUGUUCUCUCCCUGGCUUUGCAAGGCAAGGAGGAGAAAAAUGUAGAAAUCAAACUUAGGACAUUUGGUCGCCAAGAAAAUGUCGGACCAAUUACGUUAGUGGCUAAUGCCUGCUGUAGUCGAGACAUAAAACAAAAUAUUGUUGGAGUUUGCUUUAUCGGGCAAGAUGUUACUGGGUUAAAACUGAUUGAGGACAAAUAUAGCCACAUUGAAGGUGAUUAUGUUGGAAUUGUCCGCAACCCAUCUCCUCUAAUUCCUCCAAUUUUUGUGAUGGAUGAACAUGGAAGAUGCAUGGAAUGGAACGAGGCUAUGCACAAAUUGACUGGGUUGAAGAGGGAGGAGGUCAUUGAUCAAAUGCUUCUUGGUGAGGUUUUCACAGUCAAUAACUUCGGUUGCAGGGUGAAAGAUGGAGACACACUAAUCAAGCUCAGGAUAUUAUUUAAUAGGGUAAUUGCUGGCGGGGAAGGUGAGAAAUUGUUUUUGGGGUUAUUUGAUAAACAGGGUAAGUAUAUUGAAGCCUUAAUAUCUGCAAAUAAAAGGAUUGAUGCCGAUGGUAGGGUAACUGGGGUCUUGUGCUUCCUGCAUAUUCCUAGUCCAGAACUUCAAUAUGCACUGCAUGUGCAGAAGAUGUCAGAACAAGCUGCUGAAAGUAGUCUAAAUAAGUUGGCUUAUGUUCGUCUUGAACUAAAAAACCCUUUAAAUGGGAUAAAGUGCAUUCAGAAUCUGAUGAAAUCUUCUGAUUUAAGCAAUGAUCAAAGUCAUUUGCUGAAGACAAGCACAAUGUGUCAAGAACAACUAGCCAAGAUCAUUGAUGACACUGAUAUUGAUAGCAUCGAGGAAUGCUAUAUGGAAAUGAACUCUUCUGAGUUCAAUCUUGGCGAAGUUGUUACAGUGGUCAUCAAUCAAGUUAUGAUUCUAAGUCAGGAGCGCAAGGUUCAGGUCACAUGCGAUUCACCUGUCGAACUAUCACACUUGUACCUGAUUGGUGACAGUUUGAGGCUUCAACAAGUCCUUUCUGACUUUUUGACCACAGCUAUCCUUUUUACUGUUCCUUUUGAAGGUUCCUCUGUGGUGCUCAGAGUAAUUCCAAGAAAGGAACGUAUAGGGACCAAGAUGCACGUCAUGCAUCUUGAAUUCCGAAUCACUCAUCCAGCCCCAGACGUACCUGAAGAGCUAAUUCAACAGAUGUUCUACUACAGUCAGAGUAUAUCAAGGGAAGGUCUUGGCCUAUACAUCAGCCAGAAACUUGUUAAAAUCAUGAAUGGAACCGUCCAGUAUCUUCGGGAGGCGGAGAGAUCCUCAUUCAUUAUCUUAGUUGAAUUUCCACUGACAGACCAGAGAAACCACUAGCAUCAGUGUUCCCGACUAUCCUGCUGCAGUCAACACAUAUUUACAUGAAAUUCUUAAGACAAGCUUGUCAAUAUUUUCACAAACUGAUAGCCAAAAUCUGCUGAUGGUCACAUUUCAUUAUUUCUAGUGGUCCUUCUCUAUUUACCAAGGCUCUUGCAAAUGGAAUUCACUAGAACUGAGUGGAGCAUUUCUUUGCUGAUCUCUUUGCUUCAUCAGGGGCAUACUGGCUCAAGAUUCCAGAAAAGGCUUAUUUCAGAGAAUCAGCUAAUCUGUUGCUCGAUGAGCCUUUUGCAGUGAUGGUUUUAGAAGUGGAGAAUUUCGAUUCUCCUCCAUGUCAUCUACAUAAAAGCUGCACAUGCCAGUCUCUUCUCCUUCAGGACCAUUAAUUGCAAAAAUCGCAUUUCGAGGGCAGAGGAUCUUCUUUUAUACUUUGACGGGGGUAUCUUGAUAUUUAUUUAGGCACAUUGUUAUAUUACUGUCCGGGGUUUUGCUCUGCCAAGCCUAUUGCAUUAACUGGUGGAGGAAUUUCCAUGGUUGAAGUGUUUCCAGUUUUCUCCAUGGCUUCUCCAGUGUCAAGUCGCACAUCUGUUGAGGGGGUAUGUGUUGUGAACUCCUUACAUGGUCUUGUGCAAUCAUCCGAGCUAGGUUUUGGGGGUUAAAUUAGGCUCAAAGGCCAUAUCUUCACAUGGUAUCAGAAUCAGAUUCAUUGGUCACUGUUGUUGUGUUGCUCAAUGUUUGGCCCUCGUAAUCCACGCUCCAGUUGUCCAGUAUUGGGCGUGUGAGGGAGUGUCAAGUCCCAGAUUGGUUGAUGGGGGUAUGGAUUGUCGUCUUCUUAUACGGUCUCAGGAAAUUCUCCUCUCAGGAGCUAGCCUUUGGGGUUGACGAUGUCUAAGUUCCACAUCCAGAGAGUCCAGCAUAACUUAGUUGUCAAAGAACAUAUCUUUCUUCUAACAAAUUAACUGGCACAAUGUACAGGACACACAUUAGAUACUCCUAUUUUCUUUAAUUUAUACAACAUUGUGCAGUGAAAAUUUCUUGGAAUAGAUCAAACUUCCAGAUUGAGACCAUUGAUGAAGUUGAAUGAUGAAGCAGGUCUGCUUUCAGCAUUAUCAGCUGGAAUACAAGAUCAAGUGCUGCUAACUUGACUCGCUAAUGUCAGCAACUGUUGGGAGCCUGAGCUAUACCAUUAUGUUGCAAUACUAUGGGAGAACUGUAUUAUUACUUUGUUUUGCAACUGUUGUAUAUUUAGUUUGGCUCAUGUGAGAUAUCCCAGGUUUUCAGUGGCUUUGGCCCAGUCUCAUUCUCUUUAGCUGAACUUAUCAAUUCAGGAUGAUUUUCAUAUAGCAGUUCCGAUUAAAGAUAAUGAAAAACAUCUCUUUUUCGUCU